UUAAAAUAUUUUUUUGAGGCGAGAAGUCAAUGAUAAAUGUACAUAUAAAAGGACAAGUAUGAGAUAACUGAUGUUAAUUAAAUGAUUUAACAUGAAGUUCUUAGUUGUUCUUACACUUCUUGUAGCUGUUGUUCUGGCUGUAGAACGUAGAGAGCAGCUCAGAACUGCAUUCCACGAAUGCGUUAGUGGCGAGUCAGGCGGUCCAAAUGAUCCAAGAAAACUGGUUUUGCAAGACAAUGCCGAUGUCGCCAAAGUAGGCGCAACGAUAUUUUGCAUCAACAAGAAAACUGGAGUACAAAAUGAAAAUGGCGACAUAAACCUAACUGUUCUUAAGGAUGAUGUCAGCCAUUGGGAAAAGGAUGAGGCUAAGGCUAGUGAAAUUGUUGCUGAGUGUACAAAGAACAAGGGAGCAGAUGCCAAUGAAACUGCAUUUAACGUGUUGAAAUGCUUAAUGAAGAAAAACGAGAAAUAAGAGGGAAGGAAUAAAGCUACACUUAUUGAAUAAUUUACACACAAAUACUUGUAAUAAAAAUUAAAAUACAAUAAUGUUUUCAU